AUGAGCCGUGCCCUCCAACUCUUGAUCAACAGCUCAAACGGAGUUGGGCUCCCUUACGAGGGUAGAUUUCGUGUCGAUGACAGUGUUUUGGAACAGUUUCCGGAAGGCACAAUAGUCAUAUCAGCAAGUCGAUUUCGCUCGUCAGGAUGGACCAAUACUGCCCUGCUGCAUCUUCGCCUAUCUGACGGCUCUGAGGAGCGAUACUUCCUCAAGUCAGCCCCUGGAUAUCAUGGCCGCGUCAUGAUGGAAGGCGAAUACAGUGCUAUGACAGAACUGUUCAAAUGGGCUCCCGAACUGGUCCCAAAGCCACAUUCUUGGGGCGAAUAUUCUCUCUCAAGUCCCGAGGCUUACUUCUUUAUCAUACAAUAUAUUGAGAACACAGGAGAUAUGCCAGAUGCAAAUCAGCUUUGCUCCAAACUGGCGGUACUCCACUUCAAGAGCCAGUCUCCUAACGGUCAAUUUGGUUUCGAUGUCACCACUUGUCAGGGCUGGGUGCCACAAGCAGUAGCAUGGCAGAGAAGCUGGACAGCAUUCUUUACUCAGCUCCUCAAGCACGUGACUAAUAUGAACGCCGAUGUAAAUGGAUACUGGGAAGACCUCGAUGUACUGGAAAAGAGGCUGGUCGCAAACGUAAUUCCCCGACUGCUCGACGCGCUGGAGCGAAACGGACGCACUGUCAAGCCCUGCUCGAUUCACUCCGAUCUCUGGGAGGGAAAUACGGCCACGUCUCUUCAGGAUGGUAAAGUCUUCAUUUUCGACUCAGCCGCAUUCUAUGCCCACAACGAGAUGGAGAUCGGCAGCUGGCGCUGCUACUACAACAGGAUUAGUGACGAAGACUACACGAGUGCGUACUUGCGCCAUGUUGAGCCUAGCGAACCCCGGGAGGAGUGGGACGACAGAAAUCAGCUCUACAGCAUCUACUACAAUGUCAUAUAUUCUGUGAAUCACCUCGACCAUGGAAUAGCCGUCCGUCAGAGGUGA